GUAAACUCUAUACAUUUCUGUCUGUCUGGCAUUGGUAGUAUAUGCUUAUCCUGGGUUUCCCGUGGCGCGGUUGUCAGACACAGGCCGCAAAUUGGGUUUUGUUGCUGGGGAGGAGACCGUUCGUUCAUCUCGCUGUUGCUACGAUAUGCUGCUUGGGCUUUUCUCGGGCAAUUGCAUAAAGUCCUUAUGUUAAAUAUUUUAUACUGACCGAUCUAAAGGGUGGAUUGACGAUACAUAGUGUUUUUUCAGGAUGGAUGUGGAUAUGUGUGGUGGUGGGGACGGCACCAGAAGAAACAUGGAUUCAGCUGGUGAAGGGACAAUGGAGAUUGUACCUUUGGAAAUGUACGACUCAGCCAGAGCAAAAAUAGACGCCAACCUGCGAUGGCUGUUCGCCAAGGCAUACAGCAUUGACCACAUCCCAGAGGACCUGAGGGAUCCGUUCUACACAGACCAGUAUGAGCAGGAGCACAUCAAGCCCCCCGUCCUCCACCUGCUGCUGUCCUGUGAGCUGUACUGCCGGGUGUGUUCCCUCAUCCUGAAGACAGACCAGGCCGCCUCGCUGCAGUCACACAUGUCAGUCAUCCAGGCCCUCAGCCGUAAAGGCAUCUACGUCAUGGAGAGUGAUGACGCCCCUGUCACAGACGCCGACCUCGCCUGUGUGCCCAUCAAAAUGAGUGCCCACAUGCCCAUGAUCGAUGCCCUGAUGAUGGCCUACACUGUGGAGAUGAUCAGCAUAGAGAAAGUUGUGGCCAGUGUCAAACGCUUCUCCACCUUCAGCGCCUCCAAGGAGCUGCCCUUUGACCUGGAGGACGCCAUGGUCUUCUGGAUCAACAAGGUUAACCUGAAGAUGAGGGAGAUCACAGAGAGAGAGCUGAAAGCCAAGCAGCACCCGCUGGAGUCUCCCAGUCAUCAGAAGGUGAGGUACCGCAGGGAGAACGCCUUGUGCCGCCAGCUGCCCUUCUUCCCCCUGCUGGAGGAUCUGAUGAGGGACGUGUGUGACGGAGCCGCCCUCCUCAUCGUGGUCCACUAUUACUGCCCCGACCUCAUGAAGCUCCACGAUAUCUGUCUGAAGGAGGUGACCUCCAUAGCUGACAGUCUGUACAACAUCCAGCUGCUCAAGCAGUUCUCAAAUGAAUAUCUCAACAAGAGCUUCUACCUAACCAUGGAAGACAUGCUCUACUCUCCACUGGUGCUCAAGCACAAUGUGAUGGUGUUCAUCGCUGAGCUCUUCUGGUGGUUUGAGACCGUCAAGCCAGAGUUUGUCCAACCCAGGACGGAGGACUUCAAAGAUGCCCGAGCCAUGGCUCAGCCGAAGAGUGCCCGCCCCUCAGUGCCCAUCUCCAACGCCACCAAGCGCAGCUUCCAGGUUACCCCUGGCAUCCCAGAGGCCUCGCUGUCUGUUUCUGCCCAGAGCAGCCCUGAUGGCAGGUACGUCCUGUACCCUGCUGAAGACUCUGACCCUCUUAAUAAGGGAGGUCCUGGGGAAGCCUUCAGCCCCUCCCACCCACUCCUCCCCCUAAGGCAGAGACAGCAGAAGCAACAGCAGGGAGAAGAUGGAUCAGGUACCAGAAACCGCUCCAACUCCUUGGAGAACAAACCGCCACGAGGCUCAGUGCAGGCCUGGUCUGAUAGGAGACAGAGGCCGACGUCGACGCUCAACCCGUACACAUUUGGCAUCUCAGCAACUGACAGCGACGCUGACAUUGCCUCUGGUGACAGUGUGAGUCUGGGCCGCUCCAUCAGUAAAGACAGUCUGGCCUCUAACGUAGUCAACCUCACCCCCCAGGGCCACACCCUGAUCGGACACGCCCAGGUAGGCCGCGCCCCAGUCAGCCCCGCCCCCCGCCGAGUCAAUGGCCACGGCCUUCUGGGAAACGUCAACAUGGAGGAGGAGCUUGUGGCAGUGAUGAGGACUGACGCGUCAGCCUCUCUCCCCAGUCAGGGAGAGGUGACGCAGCCAACUGCUGGGGCCGAGCCCAAGGAUAGUUCUUAUUUAGAACCGCUGAUGCCUGCUGUGUUAAAAUCGGCGAAAGAGAAGUCUGUAUGCCUGAACAAGGAGGAGGAGAGCGGGGAGGUUGGUCGAUCUCGGGGAGGGGGGUCUAUCCGGAGAGUAGAGGGGGGACCUGAACUUGUGGCGUCGGCCAGGAGGAAAACCCCCACCAGCCUAAACCGGACCUACACUCCCGCCUCUAGUGGGGAGUUUGACUUGUCUACUGAGACCUCACUGGCUGGGCCACUCCAGGGACAGGGGGCCAUCAAUCCCAUGGUUACCAGCAGUGUGGACCCCUCCUCCAGAGAGCCAGCAGGUGGCUUCUACCUCCACUCUGACAGCGACGACCAGAAGCCUUGGCAGGACCAGGAGCCAGACCUGGGCGAGGCUGAUGAGGAGGACCUGGAUGAAGCCCUCACCACCAAGGACCCAACCAGGCCCAGGAAGACCUUUGACGAGGAGGAAGAGUCAGCCAAGCUGCAGGAGGACCUGAAGGUGAAGGAAAAUAGGAACAAGAAGAAAGGGGAUGAUGGUGGUAGUGGUCGCUCCAGCCCCUGUCUCAGCACCCACUCCCAGGCCAGCAGCCUAGCCAGCGGCAGCGUACGCAUGACCAGCUUCGCUGAGCGGAAGGCCCAGCAGCGCUUUGGCAGCAACCAAGACCUGCGAACCAGCGCCUCCAGCUCCCAAAGGACCACCCCGGACGGCUCGGAGUGCAGUGGGCCCCUGUCCCUGCCCACCUCCCGGAGGCUGAAUAGGGACCAGAGCCCCUCCUCGCCCCAGGGGGGACGGGGAAACGGAGGUACCAUAGUGCUGGCUUCUGAGCUGGUUCAGCUCCACAUGCAGCUGGAGGAGAAGAGGAAAGCCAUUGAGCACCAGAAGAAGAAGAUGGAGAUGCUGUCAGCCAGGCAGAGACAGAAGCUGGGCAAAGCUGCCUUUCUGCACAUCGUCAAGAAGGGCAAGAGCGACACCCUGCCCAACCCGCUCAAACCAGACUACUACUGCAAAGAAGAGCUCAAUGGGGACAAAGGGGGAAGUUCAAAAGACGACUCUUGCGUGGAUGCACUGAGAGGGGCCAAAGAGCCUGAGUCUGCCACCUCGCCAGUCCCAGGUGCCUUAGAGAUGGUGGACAGGAAGGGCAGCUGUAGUCCUGGUCUGCUGCUGGAUGAAGAGCUGGACCUGAACGAGUGUAACCAAUCCAUCGAGAUGCUGAAUGACGCUAUCGGCAGUAUCCAGCAGCAGAUGAUGCAGCUGUCCCUCCAGCAGGACUUGCUGAUGAAACAGAAUGUACAGUCCCCUCCCAGGGUCCUGUCUCCCUGCUCAGCCAACGAGAAGACCAGCGCAUCUGAACCCAAGGCUCAACCUGCCGUCCACUUUGUGGAUUUGGGCAGCUGCGCACCAACCACCGGCACCGCUCCAUCCAGGAAACCCCCCAAGCUGAGUUCGGCCCGGGGCCCCAGGACCAAGCCCUCAGAGCUGAAGCUGGCCAAGGAGCAAGGCAGGCCGGUCCUGGCCUCAAACAGGGCUAUCACCCCGUCCCACAGUCUGGAGACCCUGCCUCACCUGAGGCAGUUUCCUGGGGGCAGGUCCCCCAGGACGGACCACCCCGACGCCAGUCCCAGAACCCCCUCUGCAGGUGGAGAGACAAUCAGUGGGCAGGACAAGCCUGGACAUAACGCCACCUUCAGGCUCCACGACGAGGCUAACCUGCGCACGGCGGCCCGUAUCGACCCAGUGGUCGUCACCCCAGAAAUGUCCUUUGACCCGUGCCUGUCCAGUACUCUGAGGGAGGGGGAGCUGAACUCCUCUGACGGCUCGGGGACGGAGAACAUCCCCUCAGAGGAAGUGUCGAGGAGCAAAGCCCCCCUGAUCGAGGUGGACCUGUCAGACCUGAAAGACCCAGAGGAGAUGGAGGGAGACAGGGGGCAGGAAAGCACCAUGGAUGGGGAAGACAGGGAACAGAAGUCUGGCCUGGGAUUCUUCUUCAAGGAUGAACAGAAGGCAGAGGAUGAACUAGCUAAGAAGAGAGAAGCGUUUCUAAUAAGGCAGCAGAAGAAGGCUGAGGAGGCCCGGCUACGCAAACUGCAGCUGGAGGCUGAGACGGAACAGAAACGGGACGAGGCCAGGCGGAAGGCGGAGGAGGACAGGAUGAGGAAGGAGGAAGAGAAGGCCCGUAGGGAGCUGAUAAAGGAGCAGUACCUGAGGAGGAAGCAGCAGGAGCUGAUGGAGGAGCAGGGUCUCGGCAGCCCGGCCAAGCCCAAGACCCCAAAGACCAAGCCCAAGAAACCCAGUCACCAGACUCUCAGACCCAAGUCUGUGUUCAGCAGAGAGGAGAUCUCCAGCGACACCUUCUCCUCCAAGUGCUCAUCUUCAACCCCUGACAACCUGAGCAGUGUCCAGUCAGGCUCUAGUCUGUCCCUGGCCUCUGCUGCCACAACCGAGGCAGACAGCUUCAACUGUGGAGGGCCAUGCUCCCAACGGGGUGAGUUUGUGGAGUCGUUCCCAGGCCUGAGUCGGAACGCCAGUCGGAACACUGAGAGAGACUGGGACAACGGAUCCACUGCGUCUUCCAUCACUUCCAUGGCAGAAUACACUGGUCCCAAGCUGUUCAAGGAGCCCAGUUCCAAGUCCAACAAGCCAAUCAUCUUCAACGCCAUUUCUCACUGCUGCCUCGCCGGCAAAGUCAACGAACCCCAGAAGAACACCCUUCUAGAGGAGCUGGAGAGGGUAGAUGCCCACCACCUGAUGAUCCUUUUCAGGGAUGGGGGCUGCCAGUUCCGGGGGGUCUACUCCUACUUCCCAGACACUGAGGAGAUCCUCAAGCUGACCGGCACGGGCCCCAAGAGCAUUAGCAAGAAGAUGAUCGACAAGCUUUACAAGUACAGCUCGGACCGCAAGCAGUUCACUGUCAUCCCCGCCAAGACUGUGUCUGUCAGCAUAGAUGCCAUCACCAUCCACAACCAUCUGUGGCAGGCCAAGAGAACCACUGUGCCAAAGAAGAGCGGGAAAUAAUCAGUGGAGGCACCUGGAACUCACCCUGGGGGACCCAUCCUAGGUUCCAUUCCACUCUGCUCUGCUCUGCUGGAUAGACUGCAUUGAUGUCCACAGCCAAUAAACUCCCUCUAUCAGGGAUGGCCAGACACGUGGCUCCUUCAGUUCACACUAAUGUGGGGGCAUGUAUGCAUGGAGACAUGUACUGGUGGCCUGCCAGUGACAUUGUCAUCUGUCGGGAUCUCAAUGUGUUCUGUUCAGGGUGUUCAUCGAUGGAUUCAUUCGGUUCUGUUUUUCUAAAGACUUUUAAGAGAAGCAUGUGUCAUUUUUUUCAUGUGAUGGAUUUCUUUUUACUUGAAGUAUUUAUUGGUUUGGCACUGAAAUGGUUGAGCUCUGCUGCAGCAACAUACACUACGGCCUCCCUCUCUGUUGUUGGAGUCCAUUUGAGGGGGUGGGUGGUUCUCUCACACUAUGACCCAUUGAUCCCCACCGCCUCGCUCUUGUUGGAGGGGGUGGGUGGUUCUCUCACACUAUGACCCAUUGAUCCCCACCGCCUCGCUCUUGUUGGAGGGGGUGGGUGGUUCUCUCACACUAUGAUCCAUUGAUCCCCACCGCCUCUCUCUUGUUGAAGGGGGUGGGUGGUUCUCUCACACUAUGAUCCAUUGAUCCCCACCGCCUCUCUCUUGUUGGAGGGGGUGGGUGGUUCUCUCACACUAUGAUCCAUUGAUCCCCACCGCCUCUCUCUUGUUGAAGGGGGUGGGUGGUUCUCUCAUACUAUGACCCAUUGACCCCCCCCCCCCCCCUCCUCUUCUCUGUUGUUGGAGGGGGUGGGUGGUUCUCAAUCUCUCCACUUCAAAAUCUGGCCUGAGGUAACCAGCUUACAUUCUUUUAGGACUUCUAGGACCGGUGUUCUGCAACAAAACAAUCUCCAGUAUAACUAGCUAAUAGACAAGCAUCGCCAACUUUGCCUCUCCAGUUCUCUCUCUGUCCAAUGUGCUGCUCUGAACUGUCUCCUGUUUGUUACUGGGCUCCUCCCAGACCAUCCGCUGGCCUUCCUCAUGCAUCAUAGUGCUACUAUCAACUGUCUAUUUAUUCAAACGCUUCUAAACUUACGCAGCGCAGCCCGUCGUAGCACUGUCUAUCUGGUGUAUAGAAUAGUGAUGAUCGUUUUAAACUACUCUUCAACGCUCCUUUAGCCCUUUUGAAAACGGGGGGGUGAAGACGGACAAUGAAUAAUAGGCUUUGGUACUCUACGAAAAUGUCAUGAUGCUUAUUUUUUUGUUUUGUUUUUGUGUUCUUUUUUAAAUGGAGCAGUGUGGUUGGUUAUACAGUAACCGGCGCUGAUGUGUUUUUCAUCAUAAAAUUACAUGAAUCGGUAUGAUGUACGUGAGCUAGUUAGAGCUAGUCGUGUUUCUCUCCACUGGGCAUUAUGUCCUGUAUAAAGAUGCACUCCACUCAUGAUCACGUUUCAAAGGCUUUUAUCAUGCAAUGUACCCCCCUCCCUACCCCAUGAGUGAUCGGCUACCCACCAGGGGUGGGGUCAAUUCCAUUUCAAUUCAGUCAAUUCAGGAAGUAAAAUGAAAUUGUAUUUUCUUUUACUUCCUGAAUUGACUGAAUUGACCCCAACCCUGCUAAGCCAGCUUUUCCCCUCCCCAGAGAGCUGCAUGCUCUUGUUCUGAAGAGUGUGUUCUGCUGUAACCGGUUUGAAUGACAGUAUUUAAUAUAUUCAUAAUGGGUCACUCUGUGGGACUGCGGUCUAUUUAUUUACCUACCGACCGACAUUAAAGAACAUUCCUGAAAGGUGUCGACAAACACUGCCACCAUUUUUAUUUUCUCUCUCUGUCCAAGUGCUUAUUAUUAGAUACCGUAUGUUGGCCUCAAGAACAACUGUAAGUGUUGCACGUGCACUUUACUCACUGAUUACAAAAAGUGGAAUUCAACUUUAAAAGGGUAUUCGAAAUGUAUGGCAGAAGGAAGAUGGUAUAUUUUUCAUAACUGAACUCCUGUGCACUCCAAACUGAGAAACGCUACCUUUCCUGAACUAAAACCAAACACAAAGAUUUAAGACUGUGUGACCAGUCAACUAAAAUCACGUCCUUCCUUCACUAAUACUGCAGUCUCCAAAAAUAUAUAGAGUACUUGAUUAUAAUUUUCUGCAUUUGAUUUAUUUUUUUAUAGAUCUUUUGUAUGUUAGUGUGUUUUUAUGUCUACUAAAAUAUUAUAUUGUCAUUAAUCACUAUUAAUGUUACUGUGUGUACUUCCCAUCCCUGUUCAUUUUAGUAUUUCUUUGAGAUCAUACCAUCUAUUUAUUUUUUAAAUGGAAGCACUGAAACCGAAUAAAUUUUUCAAGUUAUUAAAACACAUUUUAAUCUU